CUCGUGGUCGUGUAUCGUCAUUUCAGUUUCGAGUUUGUUAGCGCCGAAUAUACAGUGUCACAAUAAUAAUGUGUUUAGUACCUAUCUAUUCUAGUGUAAUCUUUAUUGUUUGACAUGUUUGUGCUGCAAAAGUGAAUAAUUUUUUUUUAUUUAUUUAUUCCAAUUAUUAUGAUUAAAGAUAGACUGAAAGAGUUACAAGCUAUUGUUGAAGAUGUAUUUCCAAAUCACGUCAACAGAAUGGAUUCUCGCAAUAACAUAAGAGGAGUGGAUAACGUAGCUCUGGAUAUUCAAGACUCUGAGUAUGGUUACAUGGAACAUUUCUUCGAUCAAAUCGAACAGUGUCGGCUGAAAAUAAGACAAAUCAAAGAGCAUGUAGUGUUAAUGAGAACAUUACACGGAAAGUUACUACUUCUACCGAGGCAAGAUGAAAAUAUGAAACGAGAUAUAGAUAUAAAAACGGAGAAUGUGAAAAAAAUGGGAAAACAAGUCAGCACCACAUUGAAAGGCCUAGAGAAACAGAUUAAUCAAGAAGAAGACGAGUUUUCCGGUGACAACGAACAAGUGAGCGCCGCGUUGCGGAUACGAAAAACCCAACAUGCCACCACGAUACACAUGUUGGUCGAAGCCCUAGCCGAGUUCAACGCCGAGCAGAUCGUCUACAAAGAAAAAUGCGAGGAACGCAUGCAAAAAGUCGUGUGCAUAGCAAAAGCCGAAAUAUCCAACGAUCAAUUCGACGAACUAGUCAGCCAAGGCAACUAUUCCGCCGUGUUCAACGGCAACAUAAUUGCCGAAACGCUGGAAGCUAGGAGGACGUUGCAAGAAGUCCAAGACAGGCACUUGGAACUAAUGAAACUGGAAAAGAGCAUCCAGGAGCUCCGGGACAUGUUUGUUGAGAUGGCGAUGCUGGUCGAAAAGCAAGGUGACAUAAUCAAUAGUAUAGAGCAACAUGUGUUAAGGGCCGGAGAAGCUGCUGAAAAUGCCAAAAUUGAAACCAAAAAAGCUGUUAUAUACACUAGCAAAGCGAGAGUGAAAAAAAUUGUCUUCAUGAUGAUUUGCAUCUGUGUUGUCUUAUGCAUGGUAGCGUGGUUAUACUCUAGUUUUUUCGGAAAUGAUGAAACCACUGAAACUUGACAUCUCUAUGAUUUUUGUUAUAUUAAAAUUGUAACUGUAACUGUUAGGUAAAAUUCUGUGAUAUUUAUGCAACUAUAUAUAUUAUUAUUUAUGUGUAUAUAUUAUAUACAUAGAUAUAUACUUAUAAAUAUGUAUCAUACAUAAUGUAUAUGUAUAU